AGGGAGUUGAAAGUCCGUGUUGCCCAAUGACAGCCCCAAAACAUCACUUUGACAAAACAUCACAAAGAAGAUCUGCAUGGAGAAAUGAGCCAAAAUACCAGCAACAGUGUGUGAAAAGAUUGUGAAGAGUUACAGAAAACGUCUGGCCUCCAUUAGUGCCAACAAAGGAUACAUAACAAAUUAUUGAGAUGAACUUUUGGUAUUGACCAAAUACUUAUUUUCCACCAUGAUUUGCAAAUAAAUUCUUUAAAAAUCAAACAAUGUGAUUUUCUGGGUAUUUUUUCCACAUUCUGUCUCUCAUGGUUGAGGUUUACCCAUGUUGCCAAUUACAGUCCUCUCUAAUAUUUUCAUUUGGGAGAACUUGCACAAUUAGUGGUUGACUAAAUACUUAUCUGCCCCACUGUACUAGAUAGAGAAUCAAAAUAAGGGGAAGUAUUCAGUCUUCCUCAAACCCCUGACAACUCGACACGUCUCAACACAUUUCUUAGUCACUUCCAAGAUAAAAUCUCAUCUAGAAACAUCGUCGGACCUUUUCAAAACCGCGUUUGCAUGACAACAGGUGCAAAACGUUGAUAAACAGUUCAGAUCUGGUGAGUACUUUUCCAAGGAAAGUGAAAGUUAGCCAAGGAGAAAAACGGAAUCAUGGAGAUGAAGAAGGUCGGUCCAAAGAAAACACAAUUUGAAGAUGAAAAGUCAGGCAAGGAACCUAUGUUGGAGGCCGAAGGUGAAGGCAAUCCGUACGCAAUGGCAGGUCGCAGCCCACAUGACAAAGAAGAAGAAGAAGCUGGACGAAGUGACUACAUCGGACUGCAAAAGCCAGCUGAGGAUAUCUAUUCAAACAUUUCGGACAUAGGUAAAAAGGCCCAAGGUGCCGCAAGGCCAUACAAACUUGCAUGCUUGAUCUUAAGCGUGCUUUGCUUGGCGCUGCUGGUGGCCGUCAUUGUCCUGAUUCUGAAAUCAAAAUCCGCAUCCAUGGUUUGUCCCAUGCAGCGAAUCAACUUGCCUCCAGAGACAUGCGACAUGGACCAGUGCAAGGCUUUGACACCUCAAGAUAACCAACGAUGUCGCUGCUGCUACAAGUGCCCUUCAGGAUGGGUGAGACUGAACCAUUCGUGUUUCUUCUUUUCCACGUUCACCCUGAGCUGGCCCGAAAGCAAGAUAAACUGUUUACAGCAAGGUGGCUUUUUGGCCGUGAUCAAAAGUGAACAAGAUCAGACCUCUCUGACUUACAAUGGGAACGGCUUUAAAUACUGGAUUGGUAUUGGACGCCAAGAGAACAAAUGGAAAUUCAGCGACGGCACCUUACUAGAACAGGGGAAUAAAACUUACUGGAGAAAUGCAAAUAAAGCGGGAGAUUGUGUUUUUCUGAAAAGCAGCGAUCCCGCUAACAGCAACUGGAUGACGUCAAAUUGCAACUUCUACACCUAUUUCAUCUCCAAGGAGAAAAACGAAAUCACGGAGAUGAAGAAGGUCGAUUCAAAGAAAACACAAUUUAAAGAUGAAAAGGCAGGCGAGGAACCUAUGUUGGAGGCCAAAGGUGAAGGCAAUCCAUACGCAAUGGCAGAUCGCGGCACACAUGACAAAGAAGAAGAAGAAGCUGGACGAAGUCACUACAUCGGACUGCAAAAGCCAGCUGAGGAUAUCUAUUCAAACAUUUCGGACAUAGGUAAAAAGGCCCAAGGUACCGCAAGGCCAUACAAACUUGCAUGCUUGAUCUUAAGCGUGCUUUGCUUGGCGCUGCUGGUGGCCGUCAUUGCCCUGAUUCUGAAUUCAAAAUCCGCAUCCAUGGUUUGUCCCAUGAACCGAAUCAGCUUGCCUCCAGAGACAUGCGACAUGGAGCAGUGCAAGGCUUUGACACCUCAAGAUAACAAACGAUGUAGCUGCUGCUCCAAGUGCCCUUCAGGAUGGGUGAGACUGAACCAUUCCUGUUUCUUCUUUUCCACGUUCACCCUGAGCUGGCCCGAAAGCAAGAUAAACUGUUCACACCAAGGUGGCUUUUUGGCCGUGAUCAAAAGUGACCAGGAUCAGAACUUUCUGACUCAAAGUGGGAACAGCUUUAAAUACUGGAUUGGUAUUGGACGCCAAGGGAACCAAUGGAAGUUCAGCGACGGCACCUUCCUACAACAGGGGAAUAAAACUUACUGGAGCAAUGCAAAUAAGGCGGGAGAUUGUGUUUUUCUGGAAAGCAGGAAUCCCGCUAACAGCAACUGGAUGACGUCAGAUUGCGACCUCUACACCUAUUUCAUCUGUCAGAAGCAGAUCUGAAGCGCUCUUCAUCAGUACAAACCAAACGAUAAAUGCUUUGCAAGUUGUGUUACGUAGCACUGUAUAUCAUCUCUAGCUAUUUGUGUGAUUAUAUAUGGCGGAAAACACUCAGGUGACUUGAAGUUCCGCUCUGAGACCCACAAUUUCAAAAUUGUCUGAUAUGCAUGUGUGAUACAUCAUUGGAAAGCUUAAAAUCUCAAUUUUCUGGGGGAAGAAAAAUUUUGAACAGGAGGGCAUUUAAAAAACAAAAUUUUUUAAAAAAUUCAAAUCCUUUCGGGAGGUGAGAGCAGAAUUACAGACGCCAUGACUUUAACGAGAUAUUAUCGCAAACUUACCUUGCUUUGAUCCAAAAACUCCAUGUCACAUGGAUCACUGAGGGUCAAGACACAGCUGUGAAUGGCCACAGCUGGAUUUUUGGGGGAUUUUAUGGGUGAAACAUGGUAAUAUAACAAGGGUCGCGAUGCAGAAAUGGCAGACAUCAAGGAGUGUUCGAAAUUUUCCUUUUUAUAUAGUUACCCUUUUAAAUGUUUUUUUUUUUUCUAUUUUUCUUUGUUUGGAUUGAUUAUUUAUCAUCUAACAUAUCAGGGGAAAUGCGACAGUAACAAAAAAAUACAAUUAAGCGAUAGUUAUGAGGUAGAUAUCCGUGACUUUUUUACAGACGCCAUUUUUUUCCAUUGUUGCGUAAUUUGUUUAAAAGUUUAACAUAUGCGAGUGAAUAAUUUUUUAAAGUUUUUUUUUUUUUUUUUUUAAACAAAAUAUUAGACAUCAAUUAAUGAUUCUAAGCCAAAAAUGACAGACAUUUUGAAUAAUAAAUAAUAAUUACUUACCUUGUUUUCAUGGCUGGGUUGAAACAAAAACAGUUGCGCGACGUCUGGAAAUAGGGGUUUCCAGGGUAAAGCAGGCAAAUUAAAAAUAGUUCGGGGGCUUAAUACGCCAUGAAUCUGCUAUGGCAGCAUAUAGACAUAUUGUUCUAUCAAACACAACAACUGUUUUGGCUUAAAAUACAGCAAAUUCUUUUAAAGAGGAGUGCAAGAGCAGAAACUGCUUUUUCAGUCUUGUCUAUGGUGGAAAACACUCAGGUGACUUGAAGUUCCGCUCUGAGACCCCCAAUUUCGCCAACUUUCAAAAUUGUCCGACAUGCAUGUUUGAUACAUCAUUGGAAAGCUUAAAAUCUCAAUUUUCUGGGGAAAGACAAUUUUUGUGAACAGGCGGGCAUUUAAAAAAAAAAAAAAAAAAAAAAAAAUUAAA